ACGUUCUUCAUGCACACCCAUCUGAUCCUGCAAAUUAAUUAACCCUAAAUAACGUCUUCCAUUGAUGAUGAACAGCAAAUUCCAGGAAUAUGAGCGUGUGUUUAGCCACUUCGAUGAGAAUGGAGAUGGGAAGAUUUCCCCUUGGGAGUUGCAGCGAUGUGUUGGUGCUAUAGGCGGGGAGCUGUCCCAGGCGGAGGCGGAGGCGGCAGUUGAGUACUCGGAUUCCGAUGGAGAUGGGUUGUUGGGUUUUGAAGACUUUGUUAGGUUUGUUGAUGGAGGUGAAGAAGAAGAGAAGGUGAAGGAUUUGAAGGAGGCUUUUAAGAUGUAUGAGAUGGAAGAAAGUGGAUGUAUUACUCCUAAGAGUUUGAAAAGGAUGCUUAGUAGAUUAGGUCAGUCUACCACCAUUGAAGCAUGCAAGACUAUGAUUGCUCAGUUUGAUCUUAAUGGUGAUGGAGUUCUUAAUUUUGAUGAGUUUAAGGUUAUGAUGUUAUGAUGAUGAUCAUGAUGAGGAGGUGGAGGCUCUCUAUAUAUUUAUUGAUUCAUUUCUUGUACAUAACAUUAUUUAUUAUUGAUUUAGCUUCAAAUAAAUGUCUCUCUUGCAUAAAA